AUGUUUGUACUGGGAAAUCCGUUGAUUGCAAAAACAAUGCUUGAACAUAAUCCAACAGCAGGAUUACACGUUCCAGUGCGUUUGCUUGUGCUGGAGCAGGAUCCUCAACCCACAGCGAUUUCGUAUGAUUUGCCCUCGUUACUGAUUGCUAUCGGCGGCGAUAACGCCACGUUGCUCAAUGCAGCAAAAUGGCUAGAUACACAGCGUGCAUCCAGGCGGACAUUGGGUGAAAAAAUGAAAGUCGACUUUUCGACGAUUCAAAUGAUGGUUAAUAUACUUCAAGUGAUGCUCUAUUCGAUGACACAACAAAUUUUGUUACAAAAUUUAUGUAUCGGGAAAACAGCUAAUCAAACAUUAGCCUGA